GGGGGGGGGGGGGGGGAGGGGAUGUAUCUUGCAUCGCGCUUUAGCAGGAAUGUGGAAGUCGCCGCUUUAGUGAGGGGACAUUUCCGACAGCGGCGGUGCCCGGGGAGCUCAAUGUCCUCCUGCACGCAUCGGUUUGGCCGUGCCAUAGCGUGGGGAUGCUCACACCCCUAUUUAUACAUCCAUCAUGCCCGGCUGCGCCGGCGGCGAGCUGCGGUUUGGCCCUGGAUCCGUCCCUCGGCCCUUUUCCUCCCUUCCGCACCGUGGGAUGCUGUGCGUGGGGACAGCGGGAUGGGCAGCGCUCCCAGCCCGGAGCCUUUGGGGACGGAAAUGGGAUCGGAGAGGAGAGGGAAAAGUUUUGGGCCCCCUCCUGGCGUGCGGCCUGCAGGGCAGAUGGACGGACGGAUGGAUGGAUGGAUGGGUACAGGCCCUGCGGGCACCCUGGAUCAGGGCGCCCAGGGAUGAAAACACAGCUUUUCUUUUUGUCUGCUUUCAGGAAAAAGCCCUACGUUCCCACGGGUCGGGUCGUUGGGAGCCGCUCCGCUUUUGUUCCUCCGCGUGUUGUGUUUUUUGGGGUGUGUGAAGUUGUCCUCCUUGUCCCCCCGUAGAGAAACGCCCCGCGUGCGGCACCGGUUCCCAGCUAGAUCUGGAGAUGGACGCGGAUAAGGGGAAGCAACGCCAGUACUCUCAGAGGGCUGGCAGUCCGUGCGCUUCUCUGUGCGGAGCAAUCCGAUCUCCCUCAGGAAUCCCCUUCUCCCCCGGAGAGCGGCGGCUGGCCGUGCCUUGUGACAAGUGCAUGCCGAAGGCGAGACAGAGAGGGCUGCCAAAGUAGAGACGUUCCCUAGAGAACUGUAGCUUGACUUAGCGGCAGUUUGGUAGGAAGUUGGAAGGCUAUAGUGAGCUGCGGGGCCUGGCGCUCGUACCCACCCGUGCCAUCAUCUACCUCCAUCAAUCUGGAGCCUCAUCGACACGUCUCCCCAGGCAGCUGCGGCCAUCUGGCUUCUGAGGCCAGCCUGAUGGCGGAGCCUCGCUUCAACAACCCCUACUUCUGGCCGCCUCCCCCAACCAUGCCCAGCCAGCUGGACAACCUCGUCCUGAUCAACAAAAUCAAAGAGCAGCUGAUGGCAGAGAAGAUCCGGCCCCCACACUUGCCCCCCACCUCCGUUGCCUCCCAGCAGCCCCUCCUGGUGCCCCCCUCUCCUGCUGAAAGCAGCCAGUCCAUCAUGUCCCUCCCCAAGCUGCAGCAGGUGCCAGGCCUCCACCCGCAGGCGGUCCCGCAGCCCGACGUGGCCCUGCACGCUCGGCCGGCCACCAGCACCGUCACAGGGUUGGGGCUGGCAUCCCGCGCGCCCCCAGUCAGCACCUCCGAGUCCAGCACGGGCACCACCACCCCUUCCACACCCACCUCCACCAGCCAGAGCCGCCUCAUCGCCUCCUCGCCCACCCUUAUCUCAGGAAUCACCAGCCCGCCCCUCCUCGACUCCAUAAAGACAAUCCAGGGCCACAGCUUGCUGGGGGCACCCAAGACGGAGCGGGGCCGCAAGAAGAUCAAGGCGGAAAACCCUUCGGGGCCACCCGUCCUCGUGGUUCCCUACCCCAUCCUGGCCUCGGGGGAGACGGCCAAAGAGGGCAAGACGUACAGGUGUAAGGUCUGCCCUUUGACGUUCUUCACCAAGUCGGAGAUGCAGAUCCACUCCAAGUCGCACACAGAGGCCAAACCCCACAAGUGCCCCCACUGCUCCAAAUCCUUCGCCAACGCCUCCUACCUGGCCCAGCACUUGCGCAUCCACCUGGGCGUGAAGCCCUACCACUGCUCCUACUGCGAGAAGUCCUUCCGCCAGCUGUCCCACCUCCAGCAGCACACCAGAAUCCACACCGGUGACAGACCCUACAAGUGCCCACACCCCGGCUGCGAGAAGGCAUUCACACAACUCUCCAACCUCCAGUCUCACCAGCGACAGCACAACAAGGACAAGCCCUACAAGUGCCCGAAUUGCUACCGGGCCUACACGGACUCGGCCUCGCUGCAGAUCCACCUCUCAGCGCACGCCAUCAAGCAUGCCAAGGCUUACUGCUGCAGCAUGUGCGGCCGCGCUUAUACCUCGGAGACGUACCUGAUGAAGCACAUGUCCAAACACACCGUGGUGGAGCACCUCGUCAGCCAGCACUCUCCUCAAAGGACCGAAUCCCCCGGCAUCCCCGUGCGGAUCUCGCUCAUCUAAGUGGGCUCUGUCCCACCCCGCUGCUGUCGGGGGGGUGGCACCCCGUUGGCCCCCCCGACCCGGCCCCCCUGCUCCCCCCGGGGGGCUGCAGGUUUGGUGACAUCCAAAGACGGUUUCAGAGCACUUUGAAUCUCUGCAGUUU